AUGACUAGCAGAACACUUGACUUCCAAACUAUUGUCAAAGAAAGAGCAGCACUGGUUCCUCAAAAACCUAACCCGAAGCGUCGAGAAAAACACGACGAAGCGUCUUAUGACCUUUUUACAAAGGAAGCUUACCGCAUAUACCAACAUAUUGAUAGUCUUCGACGCUUUUUAAUAACUAUUCGACCUGCUUACUUGAGCACUAAAAACAGAGGAGUACGUACGCGUUCAAGUUUAGACACGUCCAACCUAAGUGGAGACUCGCUUUUUAGUCUAUUUUCAAACAAUAUUCAUAACCUAACAGACAGAGAAAGAGAUGAAAUCGAUUUUCAAGCUAAACUUAUUAUUCGUCGAUGCAUUGAUCGAAUCAAAGAACUAGAAGAGUCAGAAAAGAUACGAAAGGCAAAUGAGGCAUCCAAACCUACAAAUCGCUUCACUCAAUUGCUUGGUUUUGCUUUAUUACCGUCUGCAACAGAAGACGUAUUGUUUGUCCAUCGCAGCAGCAUCACUUGGCUUUUAAAUCAACAAUUGAUGCAAGUGUCACAAAUUCAAAAAGAUCAACAAGAGAUUCGACUUAUGCGCGAAAUAGAAAAAAGUGAAAAUCAACUCUCAAAAUCAACUUUUGCUGAAAUACCACCACCUGUAGUAAACCAAGAAAUACUUGAAUUUAAAGAUGAUGAUCCAUUCGAGCAAGAAUUAACAAAUGAACAGGUUCAAAUGCUUGAAAAAGAAAACUCGGUCAUGCUAGAGGAUCUAAACAACACAUUGAAUCAAGUCAAGAGCGCAGAAAAAGCAUUAUUAGAAAUCUCUACACUUCAAACACAAUUAGCUAAUCACUUGGCUGCCCAAACGAUACAGACAGAUAGAUUAUAUGCAGAUGCUGUUGCAACUACAGAUCGAGUUGAACAGGGUAAUUUGCAGUUGAUUACAGCAAGAGAAAGAAACAAGAGCAGUCGUAAAUUCAUGCUAGCGUUCUUAAUUGGGGCUAGUUUUGUACUUUUGUUUCUUGAUUGGUAUUCCUAA